AUGAGACACAUCAGUGUCAUCCGAACGCAUUGCCAGAGGCCUGAAAUCACAUUCGCAGUAUCUCCAGACGUUACUCCAACAAUUAUCACCCUCGUCACCAGAUACCCGUCAGCUGCAUCUCCUGCCAAAAAGCUGAAACCGAGAAUUGUGGUUAAAAAGAAGACGAAAAGCGCCUUCAUUGAGGUCCUCCUGCUGGUCAGGUUUGUAACUGCGCGUGUGUGUGUGUGUGUGUGUGUGUGUUUGAUCUGUCAGGAUCUGGAGUGUAACGUGUCUCUGGUUGAUGACAACAGGCAGGAGUGGGUCUUCACGCUCUACGACUUCGACAACAGCGGAAGAGUCACAAAGGAGGACAUGUCCAGUUUGAUGCACACUGUCUAUGACGUGGUGGACGCCUCUGUCAAUCACUCGUGUAACGGCAAACGAAAGACCCUUCGAGUGAAGCUGACGGUCACUCCUGAACCCAGAGCUCGCAGGAGAGACACGACACACACCGGGAACGACAAUCGCUUGAGUCGCAUCGAGUCGGUUCACGCAGAGGACACACACAUCAGAGGUCAGAACCAGUACUGUGUGGACGAGAACACAGAGAGACGAAACCAUUACCUGGAUCUGGCGGGAAUAGAGAACUACAGCUCCAGAUUUGACAAUACCUCUCCUCCUGCGGCUCAGCAAGAGCAGCCGUCACGGUCUUCACACGAUCAGAGCCGUUCUCGUUCCCACGAGCCCGAGACUCACGCCCAUCAGCGGCGGUCUCAGGUCCUCUCUCACCCCUGCGCGGCCCCGGAUCCCCGCGUGCGCGCCGGGCCCCAGUCCAUCAGAUCCCCCAGGAGCACCUCCAAAGGCGGCCAGUCUGCGGCCAAAACCAGCAAGUGCCACGGCUUCUAUCCGGCGGAUGUGUACCAUCUCGCCCAGCAGAGCCAGCCUCAGCCCUCGACGGGUCUCCAGCACAGCCACAGCAAGAGAUCGAGAGCCAGAGCCAGAGAACAGGCGCUGUCGCCCUCCAAACACACCCAACCACAGCAGCCCUCGCCCGUCAGCGAACUGCUGCCUGUGGUCCAGCGACACGAACACCAUCAUCAUCACGAACACCAUCAUCAUCACCACUACCACCAGACGUGAUGGUAC